AUGGCUACCGGUAACCAAAUGGAGUUUAACAAUCUCGGCAAGUCCGGCCUGAAGAUCUCUAAGAUCAUCCUGGGUGCCAUGUCCUACGGUACCAGCAAGUGGCAGGACUGGGUUCUGGACGAGGGCAAGGCUCUCCCGCUGCUGGAGCAUGCCUACAACGUCGGCAUCAACACCUGGGAUACGGCUGACGUCUACUCGCACGGCAAGUCCGAGGAGAUCAUCGGCAAGGCCCUGAAGAAGUACAACAUCCCGCGUCACCGCGUGGUCAUCAUGACCAAGUGCUUCUACGGCGUCGACGACGAGGGCGGUCUGCCGCCGAUUGCGGCGUCGGCCCGCAACGACGGCUACUUCGUCAACCGCGUCGGCCUCUCGCGCAAGCACAUCUUUGACGCCGUGGACGCGAGCGUCCAGCGUCUCGGCACCUACAUCGACGUGCUGCAGAUCCACCGGCUGGACCGCGAGACGCCCCGCGAGGAGAUCAUGAAGGCCCUCAACGAUGUCGUCGAGAGCGGCAAGGUCCGCUACAUCGGCGCGAGCUCCAUGGCCGCCUGGGAGUUCCAGUCCCUCCAGAACAUCGCCGCCCGCAACGGCUGGCACCAGUUCAUCUCCAUGCAGAACUACCACAGUCUGCUGGGCCGCGAGGAAGAGCGCGAGAUGAUCCCCUACUGUCUCGAUGCCGGCAUCGGUCUGAUCCCCUGGUCGCCCAUGGCUCGUGGCGUGCUGGCGCGGCCGUGGGGCUCGCGCUCGACGACCCGCGAGGCCACCGACGGCGCGCUGAAGGUGCUCGUGCGCAGCCGCGAGACCGAAGCGGACAAGGCCAUCGUCGACCGCGUCGAGGAGAUCGCCAAAAAGAAGGGCAUCACCAUGGCCCAGGUGGCCAUUGCCUGGUCGCUCAGCCACCCCAUGGAGAACCCCAUCCUGGGUCUGAGCAACAAGGAGCGCAUCGACGAGGCGGUCGCGGCGAUUAAGGUGAAGCUCACGGAGGAAGAAAUCAAGUACCUCGAGGAGCCUUAUAUCCCUAAGGCUGUGUCUCCCCUGGAGCGGUAA